AUGAACAAUAAUUUAAAAAAAAAAUUGAAGAUAAAUAGAGUUAAUGCUUAUUCAAGUUUAAUAAAAGAUGAUGAAGACAAUUUUAUAAGUAGAGAAGAAUAUUAUAGUAGUAGAUCAUUAAAUGAUUUCGAUGUGCUCAUAAAUGAAUAUUCUGAAGAAAUCAAAAACGAUUUAAAAAAUGAAAAAAGUAAAGAAACCUUUAAAAAAGAUUACAAAUAUAAAGCAGAUGAGAGUAAUGAAAAUAUAAAAGAGCUUAUUUUAAAAUAUAGCAAAAAGAAAAAUAGUAUAAAAAAAAAAAAAUUUAUUAAUAAAAUGAAGAAUGAUAAAUAUCAUUUAAAAUAUAAUGAAUUCAAUGAAUCCAGUAGUAUAGAUGAUAAAUAUGAAAAUAUUAAGAAAAAAAGAAAAAAAAGCUCAAAAGCAUUCUCUAAAUAUGUAAAAAAUUAUAUUGGUGUAUCAAAUAUAAAAAACAAUAAAUACAAUAUAGAAAAUGAAACAAAUAAACAUACAAAAAUAAAUAAAAAAUCUAAAUUCAUUAAUAAUGAAAAUACUAAUAUAGAAAAAGAUAAAAACAUAUAUCAAAAAGAAGAUAAAAAUAUAGAACUCUCUAUAUUUAAUAUGAAUGAUAACAGUUAUAGUGAUAAUACUGAAUGUAAUAAUAAUUAUUAUAAAAGUAAUAAUAUUAUUAAUUGCAGUAAUAAUGAUCAUUAUGAUAAUAAAUGUAAUAAUAAUAAAACAAAAAUUAAUAAAAUUUUUCCAGCAAAAAAUAUGAAUAGUUUUGAUUACAUAAUGUAUGAAGAAGAUGUAGAGAAUAAUAUUAAUAACAAAUUGAAUAAAAAAAAAAAUAGAAAAAAUAAUUUAAAUUACAUUAAAGAUAUGAAUGAACAAAAUAAAGAUAUUUAUAUAUUAAACAAUGUUAAUAUAAAUGAUUUAAAUGAUAAUAAUGUAAAUAAGAGAAUUGAAAUUUCCGAUGUAGAUGUAAAUAAAUAUAAUGAAAAAUCUAAAAUAGAUUUAAUAAAUAAUUUUUUAAAAAAGAAAAAAAAAAAAAAAAAGCUUAAGAAAAAAAAUAAUAGUGGUGAACUUGUUGAUAUUAAUUACGAAAAAAAUUAUAAUUACAUACCUUGUAAUAAUAAAAAAGAGAAAAGACAUAUGAAUAAAAAUAACGGAAGGAAUAUUUUUAAUAGUAAUUUAAAAUAUGAAGUAAUAAGUGGUGAAGAAAAAAUAUUACAUGAGAGUAGUAAAAGUAAUGAAAAAAAAAAGGGUAAAAGAAUGAAAAAAUAUAUACCAAUGAAUAUAUUAGAUAAUUUAAAUAAUAAUGAAGAUUUAUUUAAAUGGAGAAAGAAAUAUCGUAAUAUGAAAAGAUUAGCUUUAGAUGAGACAAAGAAUAAGAAAGUUCAUGUUUUUGUUUUUAUCAUUUUUUUAUUUUUAAAUAUUUUUAUUAAUUAUGAUAGUGGUAUAUUACCAAUAUCCUUAAAUAAAAUUACAGAUGACUUUCACUUAAGUAUAACUUUACAGGGUUUAUUGGGUUCCAUGCCAUACAUAGGAUUAACCAUAGCAAGUUUUUUUUUAGCAACUAUACUACAAAAAUAUGAGCAAAAAAAAAUUAUUUUAAAAUCCAUGCUAUUAAAUACUAUAAAUAUAUUAUUAAGUUUUUUUUGUACUAAUAAGUUCUUUUUCAUUUUUUUAAGAUUUAUAUAUGGAAUUACACACUCUGUCUUGAUAAUUUAUUUUCCUGUAUGGGCACAUGAAUAUGCUCCAUCUUUUAAUUUAACAUUUUGGCUAGGUUUAAUUCAUAUAUCAACAAUUAUGGGAAUAACAGUAGGAUAUUUAUGUACUGGAUUAUUAAUUUUUUUUAAUUUUUCAUGGAUGUAUUCACUUUUAAUUCAAGCCUUUUUUUUAAUUUUUUUUUCUAUAUUUUUAUUUAUUAUACCUAAAAAAUUUAUUAAUAUAUCUAAUAUUUCAAAAAAUCCUAAAUUAAAUAAUAUUUCAAAAUAUAAUAUAUUCACUAAUAACGACAAUGGUAAUGAUACUUCUACUACAACAGAUUUAAAUGAUAAUAAUACCAUAAUUAUUUAUGUCUCAAAAGAUAAUAAUGAUUUUAAUUGUUUGGCUAGCCAGAAAGCUAUUAAUUUUUCAGAAGAUUUGGUUUAUGAAAAAAACAUAAUAAAUACUCAAAAAUUAAAUUACAUAAAAAGAGUUUUUUAUAAAAUAAAAAAAACAUACUUUUUUUCUUCUAUUGUAGCAAUAUUAAGAUGCCCAUUAUAUAUGUGGCUAGUUUGCUCAUUAUGUAAUCUUUUCUUUGUUGUUAUCGGAAUAUUUUUUUGGUCAACUAAGUUUUUUAUUAAUUACUUAAAUAUUGGUUCAUUGGAAGCUAUGUUUUAUUUUAUUGGUACUUCUUUAACCGCUCCAGUUAUAGGAAUAUUAAUAGGAAGCAAAAUUGUUGAUAAGUUUAUAGGUGGAUAUAAAGAAUACAAAAAUAGAUUACGAACUUUAUACUUUUGUAUAUUUAAUUCUUUUUUAACAUUCCUUUUAGCUUUGAUGAUAUGUAUUUUUGACAAUUAUAAAUUUACGUUAAUUUUUACAUGGAUAAUUUUAUUAUUUGGUGCAAUGCUACUUCCACCUAUAACAGGAAUAAUACUAUCAACUGUUAAAUCUGAGAUUAGAUCUUUUGCAUCGGCAUUUUCGAUGUUUAUGUAUAAUAUUUUUGGUUAUGCAUUAGGGACGUUCUUUCCAGGAUUCAUUGUUGAUUUUUUCAGGGUUAGUGAAGUUGUUAGUAUCAAGGUUGUUUAUCUAUGGUCAUUUUUUGGUUUAAUAAAUUUGUGUAUUGCCACUUUAUUUGCAAAGAAAAAAUAA